UACCUCUUGUUUGGUUGUUAGGCCUUGCCUAUUCUCAGAUUCACACACUUUGCAUAGACUCUACAGUGAUAGCUUUUGUGUCGUAUGUCGUGACUGUCCAGUAGCUGUGAGUUGUGAGUGGAUUCUCGGUCCAGAGUUCUUCAUUUUCUCUUGGGCUAAGACUUGUAAACGUUGGUUUUUCUGAUCACAUAAAAUAACAAGAUGUCUAUCGAUGACCAUACCAAACCGCGGGUCAACGGUUCUUUGUUACCAAACUUCCACGGGAAGCAAGUUUGCCUACUUGGAGUGGCAAAAGACGUUGACAGUGGUGGAAAUUUCUUCACUCUUACAACUUGUGAUAAUCAAGACAUCAGGAUUCAAAUGCAGGAGCCGCUGAGAGAAAGGGUCUCAGGACUGACAGAAGUCACAGGCACAGUGCGUUCUAAGACUUCCCUGGAGGCGGAGAAUGUUGUGGUUUUCUCUGAGGAAGCAAGUGCAAACUUUGACGCUUCAUUGUACCAGAAAGCCAUAGAAGUGAGUCAACGUCAUCCAAACUUUUACAUACAGAGUGGACAUAUUGAGGAUUGAAAAGGCUUCGGUAGCUAACAUACUUGUUUUGUAUAUAUAAACAUUCUUUUUCAUCAUUUUGUGAUUGUUAAAAAAUUUGCCUGAUUUAGUGGUUUUCAGACAAUUUUGAGAUUUUCUCUGCACUUCUUUCCUGAGGGCGUUGAGGAAUUUACUUGAGCUUUGUCCUUACUCUCAUCUGACCCCCCCCAUCCCCCAUUGCAUUCACAUCACUGAGUCAGUUAGUGGUCAUCAUUCAUGUUUUCCCCUUUAGGACUUGAUCAAUGUAAUAAAGUGGUAGAUUUACCAAACUGAAUAUUC